AUGAUGGUUUCCAAUAUCAUGGUAAUCAAUGAUUUAACUGCAUCGCGAGUCGAUGGAGCCAGAUGUUCGGUCAAAGUUCUCGACGGCAUGUGUUCCAAAAUGGCAUCCUCUUCUGCAAGCUCUCUGCGGCAUAUGGACUCUGUUGGAAGCUCAGAGGGAUCGGGUGAUAGCUGUUCACAUACAUCUCACUCUAAGUUGUCUCCUCAUCCGUUUGCAACGAUAUUUGGAAAAUUCUACGCAGUGGAUGACUUUGAUGUGCUGGAAAUGCUCGGAGAAGGAUUCUUCAGCAAAGUUUCUAAGGUUCGACUGCGAACGUCUGGUGAGGAAAUGGUUCUAAAGAUAGCCAAAGGUACUGGGUCAGCAGGAAAUCGCAGAGCUAUACAUGUUGAUGCCGCUCGAGAAGCGGCAAUGCUUCAUCGCCUCUCUCAUGAGAACAUCCUCGCCCUUCGCGGGGUUUGCAUCCAGAUUACAGACGAUGGAUGUUGGGACAUGCACCUCCUUGUUGACUACUGUGAAGGUGGAAGCUUAUCGAAACUCAUUCUCGAUCGGGUAGCUCCUUUUCCUUGGUGUCAGAGAGUACGAUAUUCUCUCGAUAUCUCCUUAGCUAUGCGAUAUCUUCACUCACAGAAAAUAAUUCACCGUGACCUCACUAGCAUGAACGUUCUUCUUCAAUUGUCACCUAUGACUCCUGCAUGGGGGCGAGCUGUUGUUGCUGAUUUCGGACUGUCGUGUCGAUUCCCAAAACGCGGCGAAAAGCUGCCUCAAGUUGGCACAACUUACUUCAUGAGCCCCGAAUGCCUCAACGAAGAGUACUACGACGAAAAGUCUGAUGUGUUUUCAUUUGGAGUGAUUCUAUGUCAGUUGAUCGCAAGGAUUGAAGCUGAUCCCGAUAGUGGUCUCCAUAGAACAAGUAACUUUGGGCUCGAUUAUGUGAGGUUCACUCCUUGCUGUCCUCUGGAUACCCCUAUAGCUUUUUUAAAGCUGGCUUUCCAUUCAUGCGUUAUGGAUCCCUUAGAGCGGCCAUCAUUCGAGAUGAUUGUCGCAUUGCUGCAGAAAAUUUACGCUACAACGCCUUCUUCAUCAUCACCGUCAUUGGCGCUAGUACGCGGGGAGACGAAAUUGGCUCGAUCUCGUUCUGAUGCUGCCCUAAAGAAGCGAGCUGUCCUGGCAGCAAGAAAGUUGUCUAGUAAUCAGUCUAGAGCUGUUCGUCCAAUUAUUGAAGGAGAACUCGUUGAAGAAACAUCAUUGCUUGCUAUGGAAAAACUUGCUCGUGCGGCAGCCCGGGACGAACCCACACCCGAUCAUACGAACCCCUUUUUGGACCAUGAACGAUUUCGAAAAGAAAGAAAAAUCCUUCCAAGAAGAAUUAGUCGUAGGCGGAAUGAAUUAAAGCCCGAGCGUGGUGCCUCUACUACCAAUUAUCUCGCGGAAGAACAUGCUCGUUUCUUGCAAAGUGUGCAUCAUGCGUGCCUACCCAGAAGAUGCUCAUCACUACCCCCAGAUUUGCGUUCAUUUUGUUCCUCGAUGGACUUGAUAGAAGAACGAAGGGAAUUCACCCCUGGAGGAGUGCCUUUGAUCUAUCGUGAUUUUGAUCUGAAAUUUCUCAAGCAGAUGAAAAGAUUCCCUUCUCGACGUCAUACACUUAUUCCUGAGUGCAGUGCGCGGUCGAGCCUCGAUCUACAUUCGCUUUGGUCUCAUCCGAAUUCACCGGGUUUCAUGCAAACAAACGUUUCUGCGCCACACGCGUUUCAGACCGAUAAAUGUUGUGAUGUAAUCGACGGUUAUUCAGAGGAAAAAAGUGAAACGAUGACAUUCACGACGAGGAACCAGUUAUCUCAAUGUAUCCAUCCCACAGAUUACUCACCAAAUACAGGUAACCGCCUUAAUAAUAAUGACCUCGAUUUGGACUCUUGUGAGGACGACGGCCAAAUCUCAAAAAGCCCUAAAUUCGUUGUCGACACUGUACUGAACGUGAUCUUUUAUGUUUACUGCUCACAACCGUCCUCUCUCAACAUGCUCCGCACUUCUCCACCGCCUCUGCGUCGCGAUUUGCCUCUUGCUCAGUUUACUGUGUAG